AAUGGAGGCGAGAAGCAAACCAAGGUGCAAAGCACAAAGCAAGGAACCCCUGCGUAUGCUAGCAUUAGUGGAAGGGAAGCGAUCGAGAAGAUACCAAACCAAACGACCAAUUAAGCUAUCUAUUCAUCUAGCUGAUCGAGCCUUCUCCUAACAUCCGUCUCGUGCUCGCGCUCGCGCAGAAGCCCAUCUAUCCAAGCAUUCCAAUUGCUGCUGCUUCCAUCGGUCGGCCAGAAUUGCUGCAUGCUGUUGUCUUAAGUUAUUUGGAGCAUUCUUCAGUUCGUCCAUCUAGCCUGACUUCAUACUUGCUUCACCUGGCUCAGGGCCUCUGGCGCUCUGCUCUAUAUAUAUACUCAGGUGGCGAGUGGAAUUGAUCGGUUGAUACAAUCUGAUACGAUGGGUUAGAUUAAUUGAUUUUCUGACGAUUCUCCUCUUCCUGAUCACCAUGAUUAAAGCUAAUGUAAAUUGGGAUACUUUUGAUUGGGCUGUGCAAGGGAUACUUGAACAUUUUGUUAAAAAUCAGAGGGACACAAGAGUUAUAUAUUUUGAUGGCUGGCGUGGUUUUGGAGCAUCAGCAGUCCUUAGAGCUGUAGCAGAUGAGCUUACAUCUCGAGGAGCUUGGCCAGAACUACACAUUGAUAAAGUAAUCCAGAUUGACUGCUCUACAUGGAAAAGUAGAAGGGCAAUGCAGAGGGCAAUUGCAGUGGAACUCAAGCUUGAUGAUUCGGUAAUUGAAAUUAUUGAUAAGACAGAUGAGGAGGAUGAUUUUAAGGGAGUGGAUGAAGGCUCUAGAAGCGAGAUAAUGAGUGUUGCAGAAGUGAUUGAUCAAGUCCUCAGGGAUCACAAAUUUAUGGUUGCUUUUCAUAAUGGAAGUGGUGAUUACAUUGAUUUAGGUAGCUUUGGGUUCCCGCAAAUUACACUAUUUCGUUCCAAUCUAAUAUUAUGGACCUUUCGGAAGAGGUUCCAAGGAAGGGAGCGUUACUCUGAGAUAAAAGACAAAGUGAAGAACACCCAUUUAUUCGCAUUUGAAACAGAGUAUUAUAUAACAAGAAACAACAUUCUCUUCCCAGUACUGCAAAAAGAGGCUGCUGCCAUAGCUGCCCAUUAUCCUUGCAUGCGGGAGAUCGACCCGGAAAGGAUCGUGCAUUGCUGUCUAUAUGGACUAUUUCUCUAUCUUUGUUUGCCCAAACAUUUGGAGAAUGAGUGGGCAGCCCGAGCAUCAGUGUACUGGAUGUGUGAUGGCAUCAUACAAGGUGAUCAGGCAUGGGAGAUAAGCGCUGCACUUUCAAAAGAAAUAAAGUGGGAUCUACAACCUUCUUUACAAGAUGAGGUGCGUCAAGAAUUCAUAGAAUCAUCCUCAAAAAACUCUGUAAGUAUCCAGAGAUUCAAAAACAGAUACUUUGAUGGGCAAAAGUUUUACCCUUGGAUCACAAUCACUGCAUCAAAUAAUAUUAAUCCAGAAACACUACAGGACAUCCGAUCCAAAAAUGCAGAGGCAUCGUCUUAUUUCUUGGCUCCUGAAAGAUCCAGUGAUAUCACACUAGUGUUAUCUGAUGGGUUGUUUGACCAAUGGAACAACCUCCAAGUUCUGCAGUUGUCAUAUUGUGACUUCAGCUUUGCAUCACCACCUUUUAUUGGUUGCCAGAAUCUAAGAUUUAUUGGGCUUGACCACUGUAAAGAUAAAAAAGAAGGAUGCAAACAAAGUGACCUAAGGAAGUGGCAGUUUCUCCAUAGCUUAUUAGUUUUGGAUCUCAUUGACACUAUCUGGUACCAAGUAUUUUCCGAAGACAUGGCAGAUCUUUUUGUUAACCUUAGGGAGCUAAAUAUAGUAGGAGUUUAUUGCUCUCACAUAUGGGGCCAGCUACAAAAUAAGAUUGAAUAUGUUGAUUUGUCUAGGAAAAGGAAUAUAAAACUUCCUUCCACUCUAAGAUUCUUCAGGCUUGAUGACCGUCAACCUACACCGCAGUCCACACCGGGCAUUGAAUUAUCGCUAAAAGGUUGCAUGGGAUUGGAAAGUUUAUUCCUGAGUCGAAUAUCCAACCUCACGGAGCUGGACCUCUCCGGAACUGCAAUCAGGAUACUUGACUUCACAGCUAUGGUGGUGGAAGUCUCAGGUUUGAAACGACUAUUUCUGCUAGGAUGCAAGCAACUCCAAGCAAUAAAAUGGGACAAUAGUGGUUCAACGAUAAAGCCGGACCUAGAGUUGUUGUGCGUUGACACAAGGUCUAGAAGUAAAUAUCCUCAGUUAUUUGUUGACAAGAAUAAAUCCCCCGGUUUCUUGUCAGUCCAUGCUGUUAUUGUGGACGCGAGAAUUGCUCGGUCCUUAUGCGCUCUAAUAGAGAACUCAUAUCAUGUUGAUAUGCAUAUCCAUGUCACCUCUUCGACCAUAUAUGGUGAAGUUCAAUCCGAAGGAACCUACAAAGAUAGCAUUAGCCAAUUAAGUGAUCAUGUGAACAUGCAGCAACAAGACCUUAUUUCAGCAGGCCAGUACCAUGAUGUCCAACUUAGCAUGGUUGGCGAUGUCCCAAUGCAGUCAUUCCCCCUUCCUCCGACAACAAUGUUGAGCCGCCAUAUCGAGAUUGCACAGGGGAGCCACAACCUGGAGAGCGAGCUGGAUGAUGAUUCACCGAUUCUUACUUUAGCUCAUCUAGUGCAGGGGAAGGCUGAGUCACUGCAUGUGCAUGAUCUCUCAACCAUCACUCCUUUGCCCGGAGGACAAUGGUGCUGUCUCAAGUGGUGUCGUAUAGAGAGGUGCCCGAAGAUAGAAAUUGUCUUCCCUAAACACGCAUGGAAUUUCUACGGUCUGGAAACCGCCUGGGUGUCGGAUCUCUUGAUGGCCCGUUGCAUCUGGAGUAAAGGUUCUCUCCAGUACAGUGGUUCCUUCCAAAAUCUGCAGCACCUGCACCUGCGCAGCUGCCCAAGGCUCCAGUUCGUGCUCCCGGUGUGGGCCUCCUCCUUCCCGGACCUGAAAACCCUCCACGUCAUCCACUGCAGCAACCUCCACAACAUCUUCGUGCUGGACGGAGAUUACCCAGAGCAAAUAACCGUCGAAGGUGUAGCAUUCCCGAAGCUAACCACCAUCCACCUGCACGACCUCCCGAUGCUGCGGCAGAUUUGCGACGUCGAGUUCAAGAUGGUGGCUCCCGCGCUCGAGACCAUCAAGAUCAGGGGAUGCUGGGGCCUGCGCCGGCUGCCGGCCGUCGCUGCGGAUGGACCGAAGCCGGCCGUGGAGAUCGAGAAGGACGUGUGGGACGCGCUGGAGUGGGACGGGGUGGAAGCCGACCACCACCCUUCCCUCUUCCAGGCGCCGGUGCACUCGCGCUACUACAGGAAGAAGCUGCCCAGGGGCUCCGUCCUCAGGUGAAUUGAAUCCCUGGGCUUGGGCGGCCAUGAUUUGGGGAUUGAUUGGCGACGAAUGAUGGUGAAUCAGUGAGAUGCUUCUUGCUUGCUUCUGUUGGGUGAUUUGUCUCCGGUGAUGUUGCAGCAAGCUUUGUGGUGUGAGCUGUGUGACGGGCACGGACUGACCGUGGCUCGAUCUUGUCCUCGUAUAUGGCCGAGUUGGCCAGAGAGCGAGAUUGCCAUGGCUCUGAAAUAAUAAGCGGCUUUGUUUGUGCGUGGAUGCACAGACCAGCUGAUUGAGUGAGUGUGUGUUUCUUGAAUUUAAUUAGCAUUCUGGGUGUGGAUGCUCAGAUGCAUGUGUGUGUGUGGCUUGAUAUGAUGAUCUGCUUUGCGUUUGAAACAAUAAUAAGCAGUAGCCAUUUGUGCCUGCGAGCAUAUGUAUGUGGCUGCUGCAGUGUGACUGUGUGAGAGUGCAUUGCUUGUGUGUAACUGAAUUCUGAAGAUUCUGAACAGAUGAGCAGCUGGUUGUGUGUGCUUGCUUGCAUGCAUGCAUCCACCUUGCUCCAAUGCGUGUAUGUGUGGUAUUGUAAUUAUCAGAAGCUAUAGUUUGAUCUAC